UGGGCAAGAUGGCGGCACCCGGGGUCCCGUGCGGCGGCCGCAGAGGGUGCCGUCGGCCUGGGCGAGGUCGGGCCGCCCCGCGCGGAAGAACCGCCCCCAGCGGCUGCACCACCGCCGCGUAGCAGAGGAACCCAGGCCCCGCCCGGGAAGGCAGCCGCGCCAUGGACGCUCCCAGCUCCUCCAGACCUUACUUCUCGGUCGGCUCGUCCAGUUCCGGCGCUGUCGCGCUCCUCUAUGCGAAAGAGCUUAAAAAGUGGGAUGAUUUUGAAGAUAUCUUAGAGGAGAGGAGACAUGUCAGUGACUUGAAGUUUGCGAUGAAGUGCUACACGCCUCUUGUCUAUAAGGGAAUUACUCCUUGCAAGCCAAAUGAUAUUAAAUACAGUGUUCUCAGUUCUGAAGAGAUUCAUUAUGUCAUUAAGCAGCUCUCUAUGGAGUCUCUCCAGUCUGUUGAUGUCCUCCGCGAGGAAGCGUGUGAGAUCCUGGAUGAGAUGAGCCAUAAGCUGCGUUUGGGAGUCAUUCGGUUUUUUGCCUUCGCCUUGAGUAAAAUAUUUAAACAGAUUUUCUCGAAGGUGUGUGUGAAUGAAGAAGGCAUUCAGAAACUUCAACGUGCUAUCCAGGAGCACCCCGUUGUCCUGCUGCCUAGUCACCGGAGUUACAUUGACUUUCUGAUGCUCUCUUUUCUUUUGUACAACUACGACUUGCCUGUGCCGGUCAUAGCAGCAGGAAUGGACUUCCUGGGAAUGCGAGUGGUUGGGGAGCUGCUGAGGAUGUCAGGUGCCUUUUUCAUGCGGCGUACCUUUGGUGGCAACAAACUCUACUGGGCGGUAUUCUCUGAAUAUGUAAAGACCAUGUUACGGAAUGGUUAUGCUCCUGUUGAAUUUUUCCUCGAAGGGACCAGGAGUCGCUCUGCCAAGACACUGACUCCUAAAUUUGGUCUCCUGAACAUUGUGAUGGAGCCGUUUUUUAAAAGAGAAGUUUUUGACACCUACCUUGUCCCAAUUAGCAUCAGUUAUGAUAAGAUAUUGGAAGAAACUCUUUAUGCAUAUGAACUUCUAGGAGUCCCGAAGCCAAAAGAAUCUACAACUGGGUUGUUGAAAGCCAGAAAGAUUCUCUCUGAAAACUUUGGAAGCAUCCACGUGUACUUCGGAGACCCUAUAUCGCUUCGAUCUCUGGCAGCUGGGAGGAUGAGUCGGAGCCCGUAUAACUUGGUUCCAAGAUAUAUCCCACAGAAACAGUCUGAGGACAUGCACGCUUUUGUCACUGAAGUUGCCUACAAAAUGCAGCUUCUGCAAAUUGAGAACCUUGUUCUGAGCCCGUGGAGCUUGGCAAUUGCUGUUCUACUUCAGAACCGGCCAUGUAUGGACUUUGAUGCCCUUGUGGAGAAGACUCUGUGGCUGAAGGGCUUGGCCCAGACGUUUGGAGGGCUCCUCCUGUGGCCUGAUAAUGAACCUGCUGAGGAAGUUGUCCAGUCCAGCAUUCUUCUGCAUUCCAACCUCGCCAGCCUCGUUAAAGACCAGGUGAUUCUGAACGUGGACUCYGGAGACUCGGAAGUGGUCGAUGGACUCAUUUUCCAGCAUAUCACUCUGCUUAUGUGCUCAGCUUAUAGGAACCAGUUGCUCAACAUUUUUGUCCGUCCUUCCUUAGUAGCUGUAGCCUUGCAGAUGACACCUGGGUUCAGGAAAGAGGAUGUCUACAGCUGCUUUCGCUUCCUCCGUGACAUGUUUUCAGAUGAGUUCAUCUUCCUUCCGGGAAGCACAUUGAGGGACUUCGAAGAAGGCUGUUACCUGCUUUGUAAAAGUGAGACCAUUCAGUUGACUUUAAGGGACAUCCUUGUCACAGAGAAAGGAAAGGCUGUGUUAGAAUUUCUAGUAGGACUCUUUAAACCUUUUGUGGAAUGUUACCAGAUCAUUUGCAAGUACCUCUUAUAUGAAGAAGAAGAACGCUUUACUGAGAAGCAGUAUUUGGCUGCAGUGAGGAAGUUCACAUGCCAGCUUCUCGAUCAAGGAGCCUCUCAGUGUUAUGAUGUGCUAUCUUCCGACGUGCAAAAAAAUGCCUUAGCAGCCUUUGUGAGACUUGGCGUGGUAGAGAAAAAGAAAAUAAACAAUGAAAACAUAUUUAGUGUGAAUGAACCUGCCACAACCAAAUUAGAAGGAAUGCUCAGUUGUAAGACACCGAUAGGAAAACCAACAGCUGCAAGACUUUAAUGGUCAUCACACAGUUAUUGUUGUAAAGGACUACUGCCAACAUGGGUGUAAAGGAAGAUACACCUCAUGCUCCACAAGACUUUAUGAACAUAGACUCCGUGGAGACGAAGAAAUGAUCAGUGUAAGCAGUCAGUGUAAUCUUCCCCGCCACAUGGUUAAAAGGCAUUUGUAAAUCCAGCUCUGCGUGUGUUUAAAAUAAACGUCUUUUGAAAACAUG